AUUAAUUACAAGAAGGACAUAAUGAAAUUGGUUGGUCGGCUCAUUCUACUGGCACGCAAACAUCACCAUCACUUUCCCGUCGACCUCGAAGGGUGGGUGGCUCGACCACUCAAUAUACAACCUCUUCAAACCAACAGCUAUGACUGUGGCGUCUGGGUUUUAGCUGCAAUCGUUGCUGUGCUUCGUGGGCGGCAUGUCAUGGGAGUACGCGAGGCUGACAUUGGUGAUCUGCGUCAUUAUCUUAGCAUGCUCGUACUUUCUCUACCAUUGGAUGUCCAACAAAUGUCUUGA